AUGGACUUUGCACCCUACCAGGACGGGUCUCCUGAGUUGGAGCGCGCUCUAUCGCCUCCACCCGGCAAAAGAGGCUCCUUGGAAUCACCACGAGUUCGAUCUCCUCCGCCUCAGAACAGGCCUUCCCAAGGCAUCACACGUGCCAUCUCAGAUGUACAAUCCCUUCCGCCGCCGAGCUCCUUCUCCAACGAUGCGUUCUUAGGCGGUUCGUUAUCGCGAGAAGAGCGAGGUCAAAAUCUUGAAGCAUUCCAGACGAGUCUACCAAUGCGUCUGGAUCACGAAGCCAUGCUUGCGUACUUGCUGCUUCCUCCGGCCGGAGGUGUACUUCUGCUCAUUCUCGAGCACAAGAGUGACUAUGUACGAUUCCAUGCAUGGCAGUCUAGCAUGCUAUUCUCCGCCAUCUUCGUCUUGCAUUUACUCCUGUCCUGGUCGAGGUUCCUCUCGUGGAUUCUUUUUAUCGUUGACCUGGGUCUGAUUGGCUUUUUGACAUUACAUGCGUACCGGGAUGUAGAAAAUCUGGAUCAUUUCGAGGUUCCAUUUUUCGGCCAUCUCGCCAAUUCGUUUGUCGACAAUGAAUGA